AAAAUGACUUCAUUUUAUAUUGUUUUACCUUCUAAUACUAAUGUUGACGGGAAUAAAACAAAUUCGUUCAGAGUUCGAUUACCCCAUAAAUUGCAAUUUAAUUCAGAAUGGUCAGUUGGAUUAGCUGUAAUGGUUUACCCCCAUACAUGGCCAUCUCUUGGUACUACUUCCGAACAAUUUUUUAUUGUAACAUGGCAGACCGGGGAAAUUGUUAGUUUAAAAGUACCUUCCUCUAGUUUUGUUAAUCCUCAACAAUUAAAAGAAAGUUUGGAUAAAUCUCUUAAUGAAGGUUGUGAAGAUUUAUCAGAAAAAAUGAGGAUAUUUCAUUUAGAAUAUUUGGGUAAGUUAAAAGAACUUAGAGCCCAAGCAAAGCAAGAAUAUAUCAAUUUAAAAGGUGAAAAAAACAAAAAGCUAGCAGAUAAUACAACCAAAAAUGAACACGAACCAGAAGAGAAUAUUAAUAUAAUGACUGAACCAGAAAUAUACUCUAAUUUACUUUUGGAAUACCAUAAUAGUUUGGAUGAAAAUAAAAGAAAAAUUAUUUCAUUAACAAGUGAUACUGGAUUCGAAAAAUGGAUAAGUGUCUAUCGUAAGCCAGGAUCUGGUUCGAAUCUUAUGAUAUAUCCGAAUCCACGGUAG